AUGUCUGCUGUAGCUCGUUCUGAUGGAUCUAACGAAUCGGUGAAGAAACGCUUUGAUCCUGCAGUCUUGCAAGAACGACUCGUAAAUCUUUUUGAAUCAGCACCACUUUCAUGCUGUGCUGCUGUCCUUGGUGUAUCGUUACACUUCAGCUUUACCUUCUUCCCGCAUGUCACUCCCAUGCGCACCUACUUGUAUCAUCCCAAGCUAGCUACGCAGCUGCAUAGAAAUAUUACUGGGUUUGCUAUUCUGGGCGUCACGACGUUCGAGGUCAUUAACAGAGUUGUUGGUAUCUUGGUCUACCAAUCUGCUGUUGAACGACGCCUGAAUGGGGAAGGAGAUACUUAUGCAAAUAGCAUCGUCGUGAAACGAGGAGUUCAAAGGCUGCGACCUGAUGGCACAAGGAAGACGUUGGUUGAAUGGCUUGUUACUGAGAAUCUCUUCUUGAGAGUUCAAGCUGCAUUGUGUGCUGUCUUGUUGGCUCUAGAAGUGGCAACUCAAGGAUUUGGUAGCACCUCUGACGGACUAGUCCCAUAUACCAUGUUUGCCAACUUGGAGUUCGCCCUACGAUGGCUCUGGGCAUUCACUGCGACGGAAGAGAGCAUCACCAUGUUUGGCUUCAUACCCGUCAAAUCAGUCUUGCUACCAAUAUUCUUGGUAACAAUCCAACGAUUCAGGACUGCUGGAUCCCUCGCUAAGGGCUUCAUUGCAGCCGCGGUUGUCUCGCACGUAAUGAAGUUGAAGCGUGCUGAUGGUAAAGAGAAUGUGCCAUGGUUUUUGGAGAAAAUGAAGGCACUUCCAGCAAGUCUACUUCAGAAGAAAUGA